UCGCCAUUUUUAGAUUAGUUUGUUUAUGGUGGUAAAAUUGUUUUGUUAUUUCUUCUAUCUACUUAUCUAUGAUUUGUUCGUGGAGACUUGGAGAGUGUCGUGGAUAUAGUAUCUUUUUACUUUUUUAGUCGGUAAAAAAAAAACAAGCUUCAUGCUAUAGUGCACAGUAGAGAUAAUACAAAACAAACAGUUCUCGAUUUGUAAUUGUAAAUAUUUAUUUUCACAAUUGAGAAUUUACGAAGUGUUGAAGUCAGAAAUGGAAACAUACCUGAAAAUUUUCCCAGAUGAAAAUAACCAUCACAGAGUAAAGAUGGAAAUGGGAGAAGAUGAUGAUAGCUAUGAAAAAGGAAACUCAUUUGACUUGGAUUUUCAGUACACAACUGAUGGGGGGCAUAUUGAGGAUAAAAAGACUGAAAUCAUUGAUAUUGUUCAGCAUUACACUGAUGAUAAUGGAAUAAGAUCAUCUUUGAAAUAUGAAACAGGCGAGUUUUCUUUCAACCAGAAAAGCAAUCUUGAAGGACAUAUAGGUGCUGUACAUUUGAAUGAAAGGGAACAUGAAUGUCUCUUAUGUGAGUUUGCAGCCAAUCAGAAAGUUUUCAGUACACAACUGAUGGGGGGCAUAUUGAGGAUAAAAAGACUGAAAUCAUUGAUAUUGUUCAGCAUUACACUGAUGAUAAUGGAAUAAGAUCAUCUUUGAAAUAUGAAACAGGCGAGUUUUCUU